AGUUAUCUCACCAACCUAUCAAACUUCUUUGUUAAAUCUUUGUCUGACCUUGCGAUAUUCAUGUCUUUAACAUAACUUGAAAAUUUUUUAAUGAUUUGCAGAAUCAGCAAAACUUUUAUUAUCUAUCGUUCUUUUUUCUAAAAUAUGCUUGGUUACUUUUGGGGUUUUCCUGAGUUUUUUUUGGUUUUCUUCCAGUCUAACUUAAAAGAAAUGAAAACAAUUUUUAUAACCUAUUAUUGUUCAAAAUCAUUAUAUUUUUAAAAUUUUAUAUAUAUACCAAUGUUCCCUCACCAUUAUUCUCAAAUUUCACUGAUAGUUAUAUCUUUUUAUUCAUUGAUGCCUUUUUAAUUUAAAAUUCUUUUAUUUCUUUUAGUUCAUUGACUUGCCUCAAUUGAUUCAACAUCAAUAUAAAUUCAAUUCUAUCCAGCUCAUUUUACUCUGAUUUGCUAUCUAAUUACAUAUAACUUAUUCAAUUAACAAUGAUUGGAAACAACUACUCAGCUCCUUCAUCCAGCUCUUAUCAAUAUUUGGACAUGUCGACUUACAAAGUAGAUUCGGUUAUCUGCUGUAAUUGCGAAUCAGAAGCUCCACAAAAGGUAUAUUGUCGCUACUUGAGCGAUCCCUCAAAGUACUACAUUCAUGCGAAAUGCUAUUAUUGCCAACAUGUCUGGUGCGACGAAUGCGAGAAGUUUUUUGCUGCUAAUGAUUUUGUGUGAUAUCAAUAUAAUAUAUGUUGAAAACAUGAAAAAGGGAAAGAAGGUCUUAUAAUUAUAGUGUUUUAGUUCCUCUUGGUUGUUUCUUGUUUUCUGUAUUUUUUUAACUGGUUUCAUUAAACUUUCUGCCUAAAUUUUUACUUAUAUUUUAUUUCAUGCUUUGCUUUCCAGUUUUUUAAGCCACUAAUUCCAAGGCUAGUGAGUUGGUAUAAUUUAAUUUUAAUCUGCUGUAUAUGAUAUUUUUUAUUUCUAUUUCUCUUUGGAUUUGGAUAUUUAUUUUUAUUUUUAUUUUUAUUUUUAUUUUAUAAUUACUCAUCAUUUUUAUCCAUAAUUACAAAAUUUUGAUUGUUUUCAUCUACAUUUUAUUUUCCUUUAUCUUUUUAUUUUUAUUAAAUUAGCAUGCUCUUUAUUUCCAAAAAACAAUUAA